AUGAGCGCGAUUGCACCACCCCCCAAGUCCCGCCUCGGUCGCUACCGCGUCCUUGCACCCACGGCGGCAGUUAAGGUCAGCCCAUUAUGCUUGGGAGGGAUGAACUUUGGGGACAAAUGGAAAGAGAGACUUGGCGAAUGUGACAAGGAAACAUCUUUCAAGAUUCUGGAUACCUUCUAUGAAAAUGGCGGUAACUUCAUCGACACUGCUAGCAACUAUCAGAACGGAGAAAACGAAGUCUGGAUUGGCGAGUGGAUGGAAUUGCGUGGAAUACGUGACGAGAUCGUUCUGGCAACCAAGUAUACCUCACCGUGGCGGAGACACGUUGAAACUGAGUUGCAGGCCAAUUACGUCGGAAAUAAUGCAAAGAGCUUGAAGAUCUCUGUGGAGGCUAGCUUGAAGAAGUUGAAGACGGAUUAUAUUGACCUGCUCUACGUCCACUGGUGGGACUUCAGUACUUCUAUUGAAGAGGUAAUGAACGCUCUCAACCAACUCGUCAUUUCUGGAAAGGUCCUUUACUUGGGCAUCAGUGACACUCCUGCUUGGAUCGUUAGCAGGGCAAACCAAUACGCUCGUGAUCAUGCCCUGCGGCCAUUCUCGGUCUACCAGGGCCAAUGGAACGCUGCACGCCGCGACUUUGAACGUGAAAUUAUCCCCAUGUGCGCAGCAGAGGGCAUGGGCAUCUGCCCCUGGGGUGCCAUCGGUGGUGGUGCCUUCAAAACAGCCGCCCAACGCGAUGAGAUCUUGAAGAACGGAAACCCAGGCCGCCAAAUCGAGACACGAGAGAUCGACCUCAAAGUCUCCGAGGUCCUGGAGAAAGUUGCCGCGCGCCAUGACACCAUCAUCACCGGCGUGGCCCUUGCUUACCUUCUGCGGAAGUUCCCUUACGUGUCGCCGAUUAUUGGAGGGCGGAAGGUUGAGCAUCUGCUGGGGAAUAUUGAUGCUUUACGGCUGCGGCUUUCUGAGGAGGACAUUGCGGAGAUUGAGGGGGCUUAUGAGUUUGAUUAUGGAUUCCCGAUGAAUUUCCUUUUCCGGGGCGAGAAGAAGGAGACGCAUCCCAGUUCUUCUUCAUGGAUGAAUAUAGCGGCUAGGUUUGAUUAUCCUGAUCUUACGCGGCCUCCUGCUGUGAAGUCAGUAGAUGAUCUUUGA